CCUGUGGAACUUUCACCCAUCAUCCUACAAAAGUAGUGAAAUUUCCAUAACUCAACCUUAUCCUAUGGAAUCCAGUGAAGAUAUCGAAUUGAUCAACCUGGCAAUCCAGAAACUCUUAGAAGAAACCAGCAUGACAGAUAUCUCUGGUGAAAAACCCUUUGGAAACGACGACAACCAGCUCCUCUCUAGAUUAUUCUCACAGUUAGAAUCAUUAAAAGAUGGCAAGCUGAAGCAAUCCGAACCAGAGGAGCUUAAUUCUCGAAAGGGUGAUGGUGUUAAAGCAGAAGCAAAAAGUGAGAACGGCAGUGGAUGUGGGGGAAUCGGUGUGGAAGAGUUAAGGAAAGAGAUUAAAGAGUUAAAGAAGCAGAAUACUAUUACCCAUUGUCUUGUUUCGGUCAUGAUCGUUAUCACUUUGUUCUGGCAAGCCUCAGAGGCAUCCCUCCUUCUCAAAGUUAAAGAUGGCUUUGCUCACCCAUUUAGUUCAUUUGGAAGUUGGCUUGUUAACAAGGUGAAAAGACCCACAAAACAACAAAAUAAUCACCUUAUUGAACAUUCGGGCCACUCGGUUCAAAUUCCCGAGCUUCCCCAUGUUGAGUUUCCGCACCUGGGAUCGAGUGGUGAAGGACACUGAGCCAUUGCAGGUUUUAAAGAUGGCAGCUUUUGUCCUGGCAAGAACAGAGUAAACGAGAGCCAGAUGCAGACUUGCUUCUUUUAAGUUUUUGGUUAUCAUUUUUUUAUUCUGUUAAUCCUGUUGGAAUGUAAGUAAAGUACGGUAAUAUAACACUAUUUCAAAUUUCAA